GAUAAACAUCUUUAAUAAUAAACGAUAGCAUCUAUAGAAACAAAACUCGAAAAUAUUCACACUUGCACUGCGCUGCAAGCCUGCAUACUAUCGUUUUCUUCUUGAUCGCUGUCAAUGCAGUGGAACAAAAUGGCAUUUAUUGCGCAUAUUCUUCUCAUGGUGGUACUGGCGCUGUGUACCGGGAAGAUACGGAGCGAAGCAUGCAGUCCUGACCAGAUUUACAAAUGCCAAAAACCAUACUUUCGGCACCGCCAUGUGCUGAAAUUGUUGGAGUGGCCAAUGACGGAUGUGGUUGUCAAUGCCACGCAGCAACAGGUUCUUAACUACUGCAGAGAAAGUUCCAGUCGGCAUGGGAUCGACCGUUGAUUGACCAAGAGUGUUGUUAAUGAAGCGGACGACCACCGACGAAGCGAACAGAGCCGCACUUUUAGCUGCACUACACCGUGAUUCGGGCGCAUGGCUAAAUGCUUUGCCUGCACCUAAUUUGCGCACGUUCUUACGGGAUGAAGAAGUGCGUAUUGGCAUUGCACUUAGGUUUGGACUUCCAGUCGUAGAAGAGCACAACUGUGUGAACUGCGGAAGCCAUGUGGAAACAAAUGGUCACCACGGCUUAUCCUGUUCCAGCAGCCGAGGAAGAUGGCCUAGACAUGUCGAACUCAGCGACGUAACAAAGCGGGCUCUGGAACAUGCUGGGUAUCCAUGUCAAAGCGAGCCACUGGGACUGUCCGGUAUAAACAAUACGCGGCCAGACGACAUGACUCUCGUCCCUGUACGUGAUGGCAAAGCGCUCGUUUGGGACGCUACAGGUUGGGACAUAGUAGCCUUAUCGCACGUGCGGGCAUGCGCGAGUGCAUCCGGCAGUGUUGCGCUUUUAGCCGAAGACAGGAAACGUCAUAAGUACGUGUUUGUGGAAGAAAUGGGAUAUCUUCUUUAUCCCCUGGCGGUCGAGACCUUUGGAACCUUUGGUCCGGCAUUUGCGGAGCUUAUUCGUUUCGUUAGCAGAUAUGCCGGGCAGGCGCGGAUGCUGGACGAAUCGUCGACGGAGUGUCAUGUGGGCCGGAUCCCGUCCAGCCUGUGGAUUACGCGACAGAGCUUCCAGUAUGCCCGUUAUGCGGCACAGAAAUUCUGGGAAAUCCAUCUGUCGUAUCAGUCCAGCGGCCAGCAGAGACCGCAGCGGUUGACCAGCCCCAGUCUCUUUGUGGGCAGCUACAGGGAUAACGCACAGCCAUCUGGUGUCAAUUUCAAGUUUGAUACGGUGCUAACCGUGGAUAAUCAUUUGGGCUCGUAUAAGGCGUAUCUGGAAGAUCCUAUCGUCUGCAGUGCGUCCGAACGUGCCAAAUUGUGUACUACUUCCGCUCUGGAGCUGGAGAGGUGCGGCCUAAUGAAGCCAGCGUUCCAGGCACAUCGCAUCCGCCCUGAACUCGAAUGUCAACCACCGGUGAAGAAUCCAUAUAUCUGUCUGACUAAAAUCAACGCCAACCAAACUGAUAUUGCGAUGGUCGAUGUUGGUGACCUUGCCGGAAGUCACUUCAACGCCAUCCAGCUGGCUCAGGAGCGCUUCGUUAGCCGUGACCGCCUGGGCAGCAGCAGCUCCAUCUUCGACGAGGCUUACUCCGUGGCUCUGGUUCGCGAUCCCAACAUCCGCAGCCUGAAUGACCUCCGCGGAAAGCACGCCUGCUUUAGCGGUGUUUUCGAGGCUAACGGUUUCAUGCUGCCCAUUAACGCGCUACGCCGCAACGGCCUCCUAGGACACAGUGACUGCCAGAAUAUCCGAGCGGCGGCAGAUUUCUUCGGGGACUCCUGUCUGCCAUGUCUGUCGGAUGCCGAGCUCAAUACUAACGUGUGGACCGACGACAAGGCCAAGCUGUGCCGCCGGUGUCAGCGCGGUGAGCAGUCGUGUGCGCGGGGUGGGGACAAUAAGUAUGACGGGGAGAUGGGCGCGUUGAACUGUCUGCGCGACGGAAAGGGGGAUGUGGCGUUCGUGUCGCACACGGUGCUGAACGAGAUCCCCGAUGAGCAGCGGAGGAUGUUCUGUUUGGUGUGCGGACAGGCGAAUUCUGGAACGGCGCAGGGGAUCGAUUCGUAUUCAACUUGCAGUCUGGCGAAGGCGCAAGGUGCUUUAUUAGUAUUCCAUUACUCUUUGCACUGCUUCAGAUACAAACCGUUGGCGGAGAAGCGCCGCUUGACGGACAUGCUGCUGACCGCUAGCAGCCUCUUCAGUGCCGACCUGACCAUCAACAACUUCCAGAACGUCCGCAUUGAUCUGCCCUCAGGCGCCAUGGACCGUGCCCGCAAGACCUACCACAUGUUCGGCAAGCGCAACCGCAACGACUCUUACCUCACCUACUCGUCGUCCUCCAGCUUCUACGGCCAAACUGGUCGGACGGGCGGUAGCCAAUACAACAGCGGCAACAACCAAUACAACAACCAAUAUCAGAGCAACCAAUACCAGCAAAGCACCUCAUCGUACUACAACAGCAACAACAAUUAUCAACAGCAGCAGAAUCAGCAACAGCAAUCCCAGUACAGCAAUCAGCCGCUGAGUACCCUCAACACCGCCGGGCACUACGCCAUCUUCAGCCCGUCGGCGUACGAUCUGCGCGGUUUCGGUGACGAUAACACUACCCACGUGGGACUGGCGCUGGGUUCGUACCGGGAACUGGCCGAGCGGAGUAACUGGCGGGUGUGCAUUGAUACCGGUACGGCCGGCCGCCCAGCGGUGGCGGGGAUGUUUAGUGUUCUUGUGAUGGUGGUGCUAAGCAGGAUCCUGUUGUUUGAAUGGUCAACGGUGGGAGUUUAGUUUUGUAUUAACGUUUUUGUCCAGGAUUUUAUUGGGAGAAUAUGUGCCACUGAUACCAAAAUGCGUAGCGCGUUGAGGGGUUCUUCGAUUUCGUUUUUUUGUUGCAGGACUUUUUUGUGGAAUACAUUUAUGUACCCAGUAAAAACUAAUAUUAAUGCAAUCGCCGGUUCAUACGAGAUACAUAUUUGUGCCGAAUAGUCGUUGUAGAUGUUGUUUCUUGUGUAAUUAAUAAAGAUACUGUCACGA